AUGCUCAAAACCUUCCUAGCAUCCGCCGGCGUAUGCAGUUCAGCAUGUGGUAACCAUCUCUUCACAACCACGCUGCGUUCAAUUCCUAUCCAAAUUUUAAAUCAUACUAAUUCUUGUAGAAAUCAAAUUUCAAAUCAUCGGAGUGAUGUAAAAACUGAACAGGGUUGGAGGCGGAGUUACAGCGUUAAUUUUGUAUCUGAAAUGAUGAAUCAAAGUGCACACGCUUCAACUUUGUCAUCGGCAGUGCCACCACAAGUUUUGACCGAUAACAAGUCAUCUAGUAACAGUUCUACUCCUGCUAAAAAGAGUAGAAAACAAACCAAGCCUAAACAAGUUAUGACUCUUACUGAUAGGGCUGCAGAUAGAUUAAAAUACUUAAUGUCGAAACGACCUGGUGCUCUUGGUAUUUUGAUUGGAUUAAAAAAGAGAGGCUGUAAUGGAUUAUCAUGGACAUUCGACUAUAUCACACAGGAAACUGAAAUACCCAAACUUGCUGAAAUAGUGGAAGACAAGGGUGUACGAUUAGUCAUUCAGCCAAGUGCAGUAAUGAAUGUAAUAGGAACAGUAAUGGAUUACGAAGAAAACGAGGUUUUCGCCAAGUUUGUUUUCAAUAAUCCAAAUGCAAUUGGUACCUGUGGAUGUGGUGAAUCAUUCAACGUACAAACAGCAGCAAAUGAAAAGGAAGUUUUACAAAGAAAAUCACAAAAGAUGUAG